UCGCUAACUCGUUGAGCACGGACAGUCGCGACUCGGCAUCCAACGGGAACGGUUCACCAUGGUUAUUGUGUUCUAGUGAGUGGUUGGGAGUAGUUCAGAUUCAAGAAUUUUACAGAAAAAAUAUCCAAAGUCUGGGAAGAGAGAAAAUAAACAGUAUGAUCAUAUCCAAGGAUCUGUUUCUCCUCGGGGACCAAGAUUACCUACGCCUGCCCAAAGACGAAAAGCGUAUGGUCAGGCCUUCUACCACUAAUAACAUAAGGGUAGAAAGCGGACACUCACCAUGCCCCAGGGCUCACCAUACGCCCCGAAGACCCCUCGAGCUCGUCUUCACCGGAUUGACCGUUUCCGUGGACAAACGGCCCAUCCUCAAAGAUGUCUCCGGCUUCGUCAAACCGGGCCAACUCCUCGCCGUCAUGGGACCCUCAGGUUGCGGAAAAACGACGCUCUUGAACUGUUUGGCAGGGAGGGUGAAACUGGACGCCGGAAACAUCAGACUGAAUCGAGAAAGGAUGAGCAAGAGAUGGAAAAGAAGGAUAUGCUACGUUUUGCAGCAAGAUGUCUUUUUCCCUGACCUUACCUUAAGACAAACACUUGAGUAUGCUGCAUUACUCAGGUUACCGGACACUUUAACUUACUCACAAAAAAUGCAAUAUGUGGACCAUAUUAUAGAUGUACUAGAUCUCAACAACUGCCAAGAUACAAUUAUCGGUGAUUACAUCAAAAGAGGCCUUUCCGGCGGAGAAAAGAAAAGGGCGAACAUUGCCUGCGAACUACUCACAAACCCAAGUCUCAUGCUCUUGGAUGAACCGACAUCAGGACUCGAUUCACAUUCUGCGUACUCUCUGAUGUGCUGCCUUAAAAGGUAUGCUGAAAAGGAAGGAAAGACUGUUGUUGUGACUGUUCACCAGCCAUCGUCGCAGAUAUUCCACAUGUUUGACAAGCUCUUGCUGCUCUGUAAUGGCCAGACUGCUUACUUCGGCGAUACACACAGGGUCGUUGAUUUCUUCAACGGGAUCGGCCUCACUGUAGUCCCUCACUACAAUCCUGCUGAUUUUAUUUUGGAGCAAGUGAAAGGAAGUGAAGAAAUGAAGGAGAAGAUAAUUUCAGCUAGCCGUGAAGCAAGACUCAGACCUGAUUAUCCUCAAGAGUUACUUCCUGAGUACUUUGGGCAAAACAACGUUUGUGAUAAAUACCUUAACAAUUAUAAUGAGUCUCAAAUCAAUUCCAAUGGCCAGGUGGGCAAAUGUCCGUGCACACAAGACAUGUGGACCAAAAAUGGCAACAGCCAACAUAACCAAGAUCCUGUUUGCAUGACUGUCGCUCUCGGUGAAACUAACGAAUCACACAGUCCAGUUUACACUACUAUAGCAAUGAAAGAGGAAGAUGGAAAGACGCUUUGGCUCGACAACCAGAGCCAUGCUUCCUCAUCAGUCAGUUGCAGCGAUGACGACAUGAGUUGGCAUUGGCCAACCACAUUCUGGACGCAAUUCAAGGUCCUUAGUCAGAGGAAUUUCCAAGAGGCUCGCCCUAGGAUGCUCUCAAAGCUCAACUGGGUGCAAACCGUCGCCCUAGGAUUAAUGGCAGGUCUCCUCUGGUUCCAAUUACAAAGAACAGAAGAAAGCCUCCAUGAUAUCCAAGGAUGGAUGUUUUUCUCAACUACCUAUUGGAUGCUUUUCGCACACUUUGGUGCUCUUUCUUCUUUUCCGCCAGAAAGAGAAGUGAUAAACAAAGAAAGACAGUCAGGCGCUUACAGAUUGUCUGCGUAUUAUCUCGCCAAGAUGGUCGGAGAACUUCCAUUAACCAUAACACUGCCAGCUGUGUACCACAUCAUUUCCUACCCUAUGCUUGGUCUGCACAGCCCAACUGUAUUCAUUACACUUUUAGGAUUUUUACUUCUUAACACUAUUGUAGCACAGAGCGUCGGUUUUUUCGUUGGGGCCUGCUGCAUGGACAUGCAGGUUUCGAUAACAAUAAGUGCCCUCUACACUCUGGCCACACAGUUGUUCGGAGGCUACCUUGCAACAAACAUUCCACCAUGGCUCAAGUGGAUGCAGUACCUCAGCAUGGUCCACUAUGCCUACCAGAACAUGCAAAUCGUCGAAUUUAGUGAUGGGGCCAAAAUUCUAUGUGCACCACAGUCAAAGUUUGAAGUCUGUAAAAAUUCUACACACAUACCAGUAGUGGAUAUUCUCUCUUCUCAGGGAGCGUCGCUACCUUUGUGGGCCAAUACAUUAGUGCUCAUUCUAUUCCUGAUAGUCUUUAGACUACUCGGCUACCUUGUUUUGAGAUACUUCAGACGGCCUAAGUGAAGGCUGUCCACUAUUCUCCGCACCAAAUAUUCGGCUGUGCAAUCAAUAUUUUCUUCCAAUUCCCUUUAACAUGUCAGUGCCUUUAAAAAUAAAAAUGAAAUAAAUUAAGGAAGUAUGAAAGAACUGGUAUCCUCUCCUAAAAAAUUUCGGAGACAGAGUAAUAUUUCAGUUUUCUUUUUUUGUGUUUAAUGUUUCUUUUUUUCUCCUUUUUUUACUUAGGGACUAUUAUUUAUUAGUGUAAAACGCUUGUGAUUUGUAUAUUUGGUGAUGAUACCUGAAAAUUAUAUGUAAUAUAUGUAUAGCUUGUAAAAGUCAUGUAACUUAUUGUAUCCAAAGUGGACUCUUUUUUUAAUAUAUAUAUAUUUAGAGAUUGGGACUCCAGGACAAUCGUACUAAACCUCAGGAAGGGUCACCAACUGUCAUAACCAAAUGUAAUAUAUUGUAAACACUUGUGUAUAAAUGAUGAAGAGCAAAAAAAAAACACUUUUGACUGUUUUUGUAUACGGCUUAUCCAAUUUCUAUAUAUUUUUGGGAUUUUUUUCUUGUUUCUUAUUCUUUGUUUUUUAUUUAGGCAUUUGAGAAUCAUCAUUUUUCCUAGUCUUUGACCACACUAUAAUUGUUAUUUGUUAACAUUGAUUUCAAGGCCUACAGAUCUCAGUUAAGGCCGGUUGAAAAUGUGUUUAAAUGUUACAUUGGAAUUUAUUGUAUUAAUUGAUUUAAAAAGUGAAAAAAAGGAGUCAAAUGUGUCAUUGUAAGCUUUCUGUAUUAUAAGACUUGUUAUUUAUAUUCAACUUUUUUUAGGAUUACGUGUUUUAGUUUUACUAUUGUAUUUUUAUUGCAUAUUUUCAAUUCUUUUAUGUCAUU